GCAGGUCUGAAGUGUGUGAGGGUCUCUCAGCUGAAGCUGCCUCCCUCCCUGGAAGAUGGUCCUGCUGCUCGGUCUGCUUUUAACCCUCUGUGGAGCCCCGAGUCUGUGUCUGGAGGAAGACACAUCCUUUCUCUUGGAUGGAGACAUCCGUCACUUGGCCGUGGACAGUAACACGGUUUACAUUGCCACUGAAGAGAAACUGUACCAGCUGAACCACGACCUGACCCCGGUCCACAGUCUGACCCUGAGAGGAGUCCUGAAUCCGGACACGGAGGACUUCUACAGAGUUCCUGCUGCCGCUGGCUGGAACGCAACUUUCAGGGUCAAUAUUUUAUUACCGUUUGAGAAGAAUCAGUCUGUGAUCAGCUGCGGUGUGAUCGAUGGAGCGUGUGGAUACUGUGAGAUUCUGGACCUGAACAACAUCUCCAACAUUCUGCACAAGGAAAACUUCCAGGUGGGACCAGCCAAACGCAGCAGCGCGUCCGUCGCUUUUCUGGUGACCCUGAAGAAAAACCAGCCUCGCAGUGACUCUUAUAUUCUGACUGCGAUACAACAGGACAUGUCUGGAGAGGAGAAAUGUCCCUCUGAUUCAGGAACUGUAAACCUUCACAACACUGAGGACACUUCCACCGGGGGGAUAUUUUCUACAAAUGAGAUGUCUGGCCAACAAACCAUCCAAAGUAAAGGAAACAUGGACUUCGUGGACGGAUUUCAGAUCAACUCGAUCAUUUAUCUGCUCGCCAAUGAGCCAUCAGGCGCUGAAAACAACCGAGUCCGUCUUUUUUGGUUCGAAGACAAAUUAAAGAAAAGAGAGACUCUGGAGUCUCUGAGGGGAGCGACUCUCUCUGAUGGUGGCAGCAGACUGCUGGCCUCCUCGGUCGUCCCGGGUGGUCAGAGGCUGUGGAGCGGCGUGUUCAGUGUGGAUGGAGGACAAACCAACACCCAGCUGCUGCUGUUUGACAUCAGUCCUGAUCUCUCAGGAGAGCCCGACACUGAUCCAGUUUUAUACUUCAAGAUGAAACCGACAACGGAGCCAAAGAUCCUGCGUCCAGAGGCAGUUCUGCUCAGACAGAGCAACAUGACCUCUGUUCUGGCAGUGAGGCAGAACAGCUGGAUGGUUUUCUUCAUCGGGACUGGAGACGGGCAGCUCAUCAAGCUUGCUGUUGACAGGAACUAUCACACCACCUGUCCCAGAGUGCUCUACAGGUCCAACCAGGACCGCCGAGUGUUUCCCAGAAUGCACCUGGAUCCAGUGGAUCAUAAACAUGUGUAUGUGCCAUUUCAAAAUGAGGUGAAGCGUGUGGCUGUAGCAAAGUGCAGCACACACACAAAUGUCCAGGAGUGGUGGACUGCUCAGGAUCCAUACUGUGUGUGGUGUGUCUCCAAAGGAAGCUGCACCUUUGAAGAUGACUGUGAGGACUCCCACUGGCUGUCCAUUCCUGAUGUCUUCCAGCAGAAACUGAUUUCCCACAAAGUUGUUGAAGACGGGACUGGACAGCUCACUCUGAACAUCCAGACUCAUGUGAGUGUGAGCAAAGAGACGCGGUUCGCCUGUCAGUUCUCCACAACUUCUGGGGAGCUUUGUAGCCGGGAUGGCCUUCCUCCACAGUUCCCACAAUGCACCUGCAUCCUUUCUAAGCAGACCGUUCCUCCUGAAGGCCUGCUGGUCACUGUAAAGAUGAGGCUUGGCUCAACAAGUCUGACCGAACAACUGCAGUUAAUGAACUGUUCUGAUAUGAGUGGACCACCAACCCGAGUCUUGUGUCAGCAGUGUAUCAAAGCCGGCUGUAAAUGGAGCAGGAACAGCUGUUCCUGGGCUAAUGAACGACUUUUAGAUGACAGUGUGUGUCAAACGCUGCAGUCUGAGCUGAACUUUCCUAAGCCUGAGAUCUCCUCCAUCAGCCCCAGCAUUGUGUCUUUCUAUGGAAGAAACCACGCAGUGUUGUCAGGUGGUAACCUCAGCGGUGUGACCGGAGUGAGGAUGCAGGCAGACCUGGACUGUACGCCACAGGAGUCUCCUGUCUGGAACAACAGUGGCUCCAAUUUGACCUUCCACAUUCCCAGAGCAAACCGUAAAGGGACAGUGAAAGCCUGCGUUCUCCUCCCAGACGGCAGUUGCCACGGUGACGCGAGCAUCACCUACCAGUCGCCACCUUCCUGUCGAGACAUUUCACCGAGGAACUCCUGGAUCAGUGGGGGGAGGAAGAUCACACUCACUGGAUCUCACCUGGAGUUUGUGGAGGGGGUCAUUCACAGCCGAGCCCCUCAGGAAGUCCAACCUCCGACUGACAGGAACCAUCAGAAUCUCACCUUCAAGUCACCUGCAGCUACAAAUCCCUCCAGAGUUUCCAGCAGUUCUCUUCUGUUGAAAGUCGCCAAUGAAACCUUGAUCUGCUCCACAAACCUGAUCUACCAUCCAGACCCAGAGUUCACCAGCUUCACAUCCACACAGAGGGGUGACCACGUCCAGAUCACCAUACAGAGAAAAGCAGACAAACUGGAGAUAACACCAGCGGAGUUGUCAGUAUGGGGGGAGCAGGAGGAGAAACGAUACCCCUGCAUCACGGAAGACAAAGACCCCGGUGAAGAGUUCAACUUUUACUCUUGUGAGAUUCAGAGCCCACCCAGCGCACAGUUCCAGACGUUAAUGAUUAAAUACGGUGACAAGACAGUGUUACUUGCUCCUCCAAUGUUAAUGCCUCCAGUCAUUGUCAUCCUGCGCUUCAUGCUGAUCCCCUGUGUUAUUGCUGCGCUGGUGUUUAUCUGUCUAUGGGAUAAGAAAGUCACCACGAAGAGGAACAAACACUGAUCACUGGUGCUGUUUUAUCAGAAAAAGGUUAAAGAUCCUCCAAAAAAAAGGUUUGGAUUUGUUGUUUUUAUUAUUAAUUUCAGAUGCUUGUGUGGCUGCAGUGGUUAAAGCUUCUAAUCACCACAGGCAGCGUCUCCAUUUCUCUUGUUUUUUUAAGUCUAAUUUUCCAUUAAAGCAUUUCUUUUGGUUUGUUGUGAAGCAGAUACUGUGACCAGCAAAGACAGAAUCCAUCAGAUGUCAGACUGACUGUAUGUCACAGGGAUCAGGUUCUCAUGUUUAUGUAUCUCAUGUUGCUGUAUAAAGAGGAAGCUUGUGGGAAACAGUUUAAUCAUGUGAAGCACUUUUUUGUAUUUUUAUUCACUUUAGAUCAUUAAUAGCUCAUAUUUACACCAAAUCUAUUGUAACUUUUUGUCUAAGUCUGGUGUUAGUCAGACUGGCCUCCAUUUUUGUGAAUUUGUUUCAAAUCAAAUCAAGCCAAAUGUUUUGUUUCUCAAUUUGUUUUUUGUAUUAACUAGUUGGAAUGUGUGCAUGCUUUGCCUUGUGACCAUGUGGUUGCCUAUUAUUUUUAUAAUAAAAUUUGCUUGCUUUA